CAGACUGACAGCCAGAUGGCUGAUCCAUGACCCUUCUACAGUGUUACUCUACCAAUGGGUUGAUUUUCGAACGAAGCGUCUAACACCGCAAUGGCCUCGCCGCGAAUGAAUUCCCUUACAAAUAAGGCCGCGUCCUUAGCGGCACCCGGCACUCUAUGCUCGCUCCGGUCGCUUGUUGCAUUCUCUCGCCCAUAUACCACUCACAGCAGCCUGGGAGGGUCCUCCAGCGGGCCAAAGCGCAAGCAAAUCACCGUUGCCAGCGAUGACGGCAGAGUCCGAUGGGGUGAGCUGUCUGGCAGAGAAAAAGCCGCGCGGGCUACACAGCAAUCGGUGAAUUUUCUUGUCAUCCUCACUGGAGCCGUCAUGACGGGAGGUGUCUUCACUUUCUUAUACAUGGACGUGUUUGCUCCCGAUAGCAAGACUCGACAGUUUAACCGUGCCGUCGAGCGGAUCAAGGACGAUCCGAAGUGUAUCGAGGUGCUUGGAGAUCCCAAAAAAAUCAGAGCCUACGGCGAGGCGUCCUGGAAUAAAUGGACUCGAAACCGGCCGAUAGCAACAACCAUUGAGAAGGACCGACUCGGAAAUGAGCACAUGAAAAUGCAUUUCAAUGUCACCGGGCCGUUGAAUGAAGGAGUUGUCCGUGUCCAUCUGAUCAAGACACCCGAUCAGGGCGAAUACAAGUAUCAUCUUCUGGUGCUAGAUGUCGAAGGCCAAAAACGCAUAUUUCUUGAAAACGCUGCCGCUGAAGUAAACGCCGCAAAGAAAACCGCCUCGAAGAUUUUCGGCAUCCAGUGGCGAUGAAUCUAAAUUCCCAGGAGAUAGCCAUGCGGUAUUACCGCUUAGCGAACUCCAUCUCCCAUCUCCUCGGCCUAGUUCCAUGAGGGAUUUUCCAUAUGGAUUACUCUCCAUAGAUGGCAAUAUAAUCGAGGCAUUAGCGUUCAGGUUGGCACUGGAGUUUUAUCUCUUAGGCCUCUGACACCUUGUUGUCCAUCAAUAUCACUGCGAUAUGCAGGGUUAAUGGCCAAGCCAGGCGUUGUUUAUUCAUAUGCAUGCUCAGGGUUUACGCAUCCCUUUUUAGAUAGCCUCCGCAUGUGUGUACGAUUGGGC